UUCGAGUUAUUUCGUUCGGUUCAGGCGUUCUUUUGAUAACAUGAAGCUGAUUUUGUCCCUCGUGGUGAUAGCUGUACUCGGCCUCAGUGUAGCUGAGGACGAUGGUCAGUACAAGCCAGGGCUAUACGGGGAUGACGGCAAGUACCGCCCGGGCGACGAGGGACGGUACUACGGAUCCCCUGACUCCAAGUACCGUGUGUACACAGCUUUAGAUAAUCGGUACCGGAGCCUGAUCGGACGAAAUGGCAAAUACAAUUCGAUCUACGCUGCGUACCAGCCAGUUUAUGUGAAGGCGUACAACCCAUACUACCAACCGCUGCUCUCAUCUUACGGGCUAAAUGGACUCGAAGUAGAACCCUUCGCUUCAGCCCUAGCAACGGUGACCGCCCGCCCAUCAGUCGUCUCCGUUGUACCAUCAGCUCGGCCCUUCGUCUACUCAGUGAAACCCAGGCCUAUAGCUUCCUACGCACCCGUGGUCUAUUCACGAUCAGGCUAUGAGCCCAGCGCAAAAAUCCUCAGGCAAGAAAGUGAAGUCGAUGUGGACGGAUACCAUUAUCUCUACGAAACAGAAAACGGUAUCGCGGCUGAAGAAGCAGGGAAUAUCGAGCCAGUUGUAAAUGGUGGAGGCACUAGAGCUAAGGGAUUCUAUGAAUAUAUUGGGGACGACGGCGUCAAGUACCGCGUGGAUUAUACGGCUGAUGAAAAUGGCUUCCAACCGACUGGUGCUCAUUUGCCUAAACCUUGAAUGUUCUCUGACAAUGUUC